AUUUGCAGUUGUCCAUAUAAGGAAAGUGAAUGCGAUGAGAUGCUUGACAAGGAAUAUAAAUUUUAUUUAUCAUUUGAGAAUUCAUUAUGCCGGGAUUAUGUGACGGAGAAAAUAUACAAUGCACUGAGACGACAGGUUAUACCAAUUGUCUAUGGAGGUGCAAACUACGAACUAUUUUUACCACCGCGUUCGUACAUAAAUGCAGAAGAAUUCGAAAGUGUCGAACAACUAGCAAUGUAUCUUAAAUAUUUAUCCACGCAUCCGAAAGAGUACUUGCGUUAUUUCUGGUGGCGAGAGCACUAUAAACUGGGUUACUUUUCACCUUUCUGCGAACUAUGCGCGCAGCUUCAUAGCGUUACAAAUCAGCAAAAGACGCAAACCUAUCGCAACAUCGAACAAUGGUGGUUAGGCGACAGUUGUCGAUUAACUCCGAGAAUCAAAAUUUAAUUUUAGCAAAAUUGCUUUAAAUAAGCUGAAUUUCACUGAAUUUGUAAAAAUAAGUAUUGAAGCAUCUUCAUUAAAACUUUAAGUCACCUUAGAAGUACCCAAAGUCACCUUCAUGCUAAAUGCCAUUGAUAGUAAUUUUAACAAUCAUUAAUUUAAUCUUAACUUUAGUCUUAAGUUCACUUGUAUCUAAGCUGAAAGAGAACUUUAGUGCCUUAAUUUAUCUUUAUAAACUGUGUACUUUAUAAACAAAUUUUUUAUAGUUGUGCAGUAUAAAAACUUAAAUG